AAUUGUCAUAUAAAUUAAUUAUGUGUAAUUAUAAAUUAAUUAUAGAUUAACAGUUGUUGAAGUAAGUGGUGAAUUAAAUGUACAUUUUCUAAAGAUGGCGCACUAGAUGCAGUGAGGCUUACUUGUGUCGUAUUCUCGAAUAACCUCCCUCGCUUGCAUACGCUUCAGUAACAACGUCGGAGGUCAACGUUAAAGAUUGGUACAAAAGUUGUGUGUGUGUGUGUGUGAAAACAAAGUGCGUGUCUUACUUUACAGUUAUUUUAAUAGAUUUGGAUAUAAUAGAUUUGGCAAUAAAAAUAAGAUGACUGGUAUUAUCAAGCACAGAGAUUUUGGAAAUGAUUCAAACCUCAAAACUUCAACAAAUGCACAUUUAACAUCACCACUUCUUAUAACACCUCAUAUAUUGAAUGAUGAAGUAGAUAAUAUUGAUUAUCACUUUGAAGCAGCAAGACUUCAAAGUUUUGAAAAUUGGCCUGUAUCAUAUAUAGAACCUGAAAAACUUGCAGCUGCUGGAUUUUAUUACACAGGUGAAGGUGAUAAAGUUAGAUGCUUUGAAUGUCAAGUUGAGAUAUGUCAAUGGGUAGAAGGUGACAUUCCAAUGGUUGAUCAUCAGAGAUGGUCAGCAAGAUGUAGAUUUAUUCGUAAAAUAAAUUGUGGUAAUGUACCAAUUGGGGUAGAUCCUAACACUAUUAUCCCACCACGACCAAGAAGUAGAGAUGUAUGUGGUCCUUACGGUUUAGAAUAUCGACUUACAUCUGGUCCUGAUAAUCAUAAUUUUUCAACUGAAUUACAAUUACCAAGCACUGCUAAACUUAGUCGUUUAGGUUUGACAAGGCCUAAGGGGCCUUUACAUCCUGAAUAUGCUAGUUAUGAUGCUAGAUUAAACACAUUUUCAACAUGGCCAAAAUCUAUGCCACAAACAAAAGAACAAUUAGCAGAUGCAGGUUUUUAUUAUACGGGAAAAGGUGAUCAAACUAUAUGUUAUCAUUGUGGAUGUGGUUUAAAAGAUUGGGAACCAGAAGAUAAUCCUUGGGAACAACAUGCAAAGUGGUUUUCUAAGUGCUAUUAUUUAUUAACAGUUAAAGGACAAGAUUAUGUGAAUAAAAUAACAGGCCAACAUGUAUCUCCACCUUCAAAAGAAGAAACAAUACAAAUGAAUUUACCUAGUUAUAUUACAAAAAUACAACCUGCAAAUAUAGAAACAGAAAGGAAAGAAGGCACAGAUAGCAAUCCAGGAUCAAGUUCUCAAGAUAGUGGUGUAAAAAAUAUUGCAAGCAAUACAGAAUCUGUAAAAGAAAGUGCAGAAAAUUUAUCAAAUACAAAAAUACAAAAUAGUAAACCUACAGAUGAUGCAAGAAUGUGUAAAAUUUGUUAUAAUGGAGAAUUAGGAGUAGUAUUUUUACCAUGUGGACAUAUGGUUGCGUGUGUAAAAUGUGCUCCUGGUAUGAUAUCCUGUGCAGUAUGCAGAGAACCUGUUACAAUGACUGUACGAGCUUUUUUCUCAUAGUAUUCCAUAUAUAUCAAUAGUAUUCUAAUAAUUAUAGACAAAAAUUUAUUGCAUAUGUAACUAAUAUUUAUGAUGAUUUUUUGCAUUUUACAUUUAAUUAUUUUUGACAAAUCAAUAUUUUAAUAUUAAAGACUUAUAAUCCGUCCAACGAAUCGAUUCAGUAUUGGUAAAUAAAAUAUAAAACAUAUGAUGAAUAUGUGGCUUUAAUAGAUUGCAUUCAAAUAUUAUUGGCAAGUAUCAGACAACUAUCGAUAUUUAUAAAAAAUCUUAUA